AUGUCUCGUGGAUUAAAUGACGAGUUAUUGCAGGCUUUUAUGCUUGAGGACGAUUCUAAAACCUCCACUGCGGUGUCAUUAGAGAAUAAUUCAACACUUACCUUACAUGAAAUUGAUGAGGGAGAUGCUGAAGAGGAUGUGUCACAGUAUGGUGAAGAUACAGGAAUGUUGUUAGAGUCUAUCGAAUUCGAAGAGAUAAAAAAGCCUAAAGAUGGUGGAUCGGUUUUUGAGAGCUCGUUGUUGAUGGCGAAUAGUAUAAUAGGAGCAGGAAUAAUUGGACUUCCAUUUUCAUUUCGAGAGGCAGGAAUAUGGACAGGACUGAUUUUAUUAUUGAGCUUGACGGUAGUCGUCGAUUGGACUAUUCGCCUACUAGUUUUAAAUUCUAAAUUAUCGGGACGUAAUUCUUAUCAGGAUAUGAUGUACUACUGUUUUGGAAAAAGUGGUCUAAUUGCUAUAUCGGUGUUUCAGUUUGCUUUCGCAUUUGGUGGUGAGAAUAUUUAG